AUGGCCCCAGCUUGGCUUGAGAAAUACAUCGUCCGCGUGGACGCAACUCCAGACCCACGACGCAAUAACGAGCAGCCAGUUUUGCAGUUGAAAUACACCGCUCUUGUGGGUCAUCGUCGAAUCGUGGGCAUGAAUGGCGAUACAGUACCACGUUACGAAAUCAAACGGCGGGCCAUACUUGGAGCCUGGGGAGACAAGUGCGACGUCACGUCGCCAGUGGAUGGAAAUCGCGAGGUGGCCAUGUUUGAUUUUCAUUCCUUGCCCCCCUCGACUGAAAUACAAUUCGUCCAGGACAACCGAAAAGUCAUCAUUAAGGCAACUGAGGGGCAAUUUGAGCCCAGUAGCGAGCUUCCCCGUCUACACUGGAAAGCAACAGGAAUGGUUGUGUACGGCAAAGCCUCGUGGGAGCUCAGAGACGAUUCGAAUCUUGUUAUGUCGGUCGUCAUUGAUGAUCAUCAAGUGAACGGGGUAAUCAGUCUCUGGAGGAGUCAACUUAAACCUGCAACGGUAGAAGAACUCCUGGUCGUAGGAAUUUCCAAGAUCGAGGACUACAGGAGACUGCUGAGGACCUCGAAGACGGCUUCUGUUCAAGCGGCUGCGAGUGCAACAUGGUUGGCGGCAUCCUAA